AUUCGCGCAACUCAAAUCAAAGAUGGCGGUCAGUCCGUAUGUAAGUCGUGCAGAGUUGUGGCUUGCAAAUGCAAGUUUUCGACCGUCUUUCCGACUUCCAGAUGAAUUUCACCCAAGCAUCUUUUUAAAAUGGUUUCCGGGAAGUAUGGCAAAAGGAUUCCGCAAGAUGCAACUGCGGAUACGAAAAUGCGACUGUGUGAUAGAAGUUCACGAUGCAAGAAUUCCCUUCACUGGAAGAAAUCCUAAGUUUCAGAAUAAUCUAUCAAGCAGACCACAUGUCCUAGUGCUUAACAAGAUGGAUCUCAUAGGGAUAGCAAAGCAACAGGAGAUCGUAAGACAUUUAGAGGAUGAAGGAACAAGAACCUUGUUCACUGAUAGUAAAUCACAGUAUCAUCAUAGCAUAAAAAAGGUCAUUCCUGCUGCAUUAGAAGCUAUAAAGGAUGCAGAAUAUGAGGGAACUUAUAUUAGACCAGAACCAGAUAAGCCCUACAAUAUUUUGAUCUGUGGUUUACCAAAUACUGGAAAAUCUUCUUUAAUCAAUGCACUACGAAGGAAAUAUAUGAGAAAAGGCAUAGCAACAAGAGUUGGAGCAGUGCCAGGAAUUACUAGAUCUGUUCAAGAGAAAAUUAAGGUUUGUGAUGAGCCAGUGACGUACAUGUAUGAUACUCCAGGGGUUGUAUCUCCUUAUGUACCAACUCCAGAAGUAGGAAUGAACCUGGCUUUAAUAGGUUGUUUUAAAGACCAUAUUGUUGGUGAAGACCUGAUCGCUGAUUAUCUUCUGUAUAUUUUGAACAAGACAAAAAAUUUUGAAUAUGUGGACAUGUUUGGCCUCGCAAACCCUAGUGAUAAUAUCAACUUUGUCAUGAGACAGCUAGCAAACGAACUCAAUGCUACAAUCUCAGGUGGAACACCAGAUUACCACAGAGCCUAUGUUCAUUUCAUUACAAGAUUCAGAAAAGGAAUGCUUGGCUGUGUGUUGCUGGAUCGUGAUCAACUAAAAGAGAAGCAACAUUUUUUGCCUGCAAGUGGUCAUUCAAGACAAGACUACUUGUAGGCAAGAAGGACAACUGUUGUGCAUAAUUUGCCUCAUGGAAGUAUCCAUGUACAUGACAUUUGUAAUACUACAUAUGUAGUAUAUUGUGUGGUAUUGCAUCUGAUAGUCUCCCAGAGUUGCAUUCUUUUGGGUGAUCAAGAUCAGGAUCAAUGAUCCAAGAUCUCUCAAAUGAUGUUGCUCAAAGGAACCAAUGAAUCUUUAUUCAGAGUUGAUUCAUUGGUUAUUUGGUUAGAGGGGAAGUAGCACUACAUUAUAACCCAAGCGAUGGCUGCAUGGGAGUUUGGUUUCUGGUAGGUUUGUAUGGACGCUUCAAUUGGCAGUGAUGUUUUAUCACCCUCUUCCUCUUUAAAUUCCUGAGCUUCUAACAGAGCAUAAGCCAGGAACCGUCGCUUUCCAGCAGGUCCUGUUUUGCGCAACUUUCUUUGCGGCAGCCCAAGUUGUUCCCUGUUCUUUUAGUUCCGCCUUACAAGCUGGCCUCCAUGACUGGCUUGGUCUCCCCCUGCCCCCUUCGUUUUCGCUGCGGACUCCGCUCCAAUGCUGCUUUCACUAUACAUCACCCUCUUUGUUUAACCGUAAGUAAUUCUUGUCAAAAUGAACAUAAAUGUGUAAAAAAGAAAAUUGAAAAAAUUAUAUAUUUGUAGAAAUUUAUUUAUUAAAUAGGAUUUUCAUGAA